AGUAAAGUAGAGAUUGAAAUCUCCUGGUUAUUGCAAAAAGCUUAGUUCAGUUAUUACAUUUGUAUUUAAUAUUUUUAAUCAACAAAAAAGGUAACAAAUACCAUUAGCAACAAAAUUACAAGUUAUCAAUUAAAUUCCAUUGUGAUGUUGAUGUUUUAUUUUUACUUUAAAUCAAAUGUGCAUGCAUACAUCAAUUGUGAUUAAUUGUGUUGUUUCAUAGCGUUAUCGUUAUUUUUUGAUAAACCCAACCAUGGAUUCUCAUAAACUGGUUCAUUUUUCUGAAACAACUGAUAAAUUGAUAAAUCAUAAUGAACAGUUGAUCAAAUUUCAAGAUAAGUGUAAAAAUGACUUCAGCAUUGAUUGGUUCAACCUUACUUAUCGCCUUUACCCGUCACCCUUAAACAAUUUGAUCCAUCGGUUUAAAAGAAAGAAAAGAUUGACUGGAAAUAAGACAAUCUUGCGAGACUUGAAUGGUACCUUUAAAUCUGGUAAAUUGUCAGCUAUAAUGGGUCCUUCAGGUUCGGGUAAAACGACUCUUAUCGAGUGUUUAGCGGGAAUCAGAGUGAAAGGGGUUGAAGGGGAUCUGAGGUUGACUGGAAGAUCAAGAGUGACCAAAGCAUUUAUCCCACAAGAAGACAUUUUGUGUUCACAGUUGACUGUCCGAGAAGCUUUGAUGUACUCAUAUGGGUUGAAGGUUGGUUCCAAGUUGAUUGGGAAAAGGCCAUAUUCAACUCUUCCUGAUUAUGUUAAGGAAGCUUCGAUAACGAUUGGCCAUUUAGCUCAUCAACUCAAUUUGACUGAUUGUUUCGAUGUCCGUAUUUCAUCCAUUAGUGGCGGUCAAAAGAAGCGAACUUCAAUUGCACAAGAAUUGGUUUCAAAACCAGACGUUUUGUUAAUGGAUGAACCAACAUCGGGUCUGGAUUCAUCUUCGUGUUAUCAAUUGAUUAAACUGUUGCAACGUAUAGCAAGUGAAUCAUCAAUGGCAGUGAUAAUAACAAUUCAUCAACCAUCAUCAAGAACAUUUAAUCUACUUCAAGAUGUUUACAUGUUAUCCUUCAAUGGUAAAAUCUUAUUCCAUGGUUUACCAAAUCAGGUGGUUCCAACUCUGACAGCGGUUGGAGUCAAGUGUGAUGUGUUUAAUAAUCCCGCUGAUUUGCUCAAUGAAGUGGCUUACGGGGAACAUGGUUAUGAUGUCCUAGACAAGAUGGUCAACAAAAUGGAUGCCAACUUCAAUCCGUACAAAUAUUCAGACAAUUACACAAAUCAUUUAAAUAACGUGAAACCAAAUGGAUCGGUGCAUUUAUUUUCCAGGCCAUUGUUACAGAGCUACUUCCAAAGCGAGGCGUCUUUUUUAAGCCAAUUCAAGAUUCUCAUGUCUCGUCAACUUAAAUUGUGUUUUCGUAAUCAAAUGUCUUCCACAGUGAGGAUUGUGAUAGCCAUUCAAGCAGUUUUUGUUAUUGGGUUAAUGUAUCCAAAUAAAGGUCUUGCUGAUGGCUGUGUUCCCGACUUGAGUCAUAUUCCGAUAUCUGAUAUUAAACAGAUCAGAGGUUCGAUUGAGAAACAAAUUGUUGAUUCUAAAGACAAUGUCGGGUCACUGUUUUGGUUAUUGUUUUUGAUUUGUUUGGCAAAUAUGAUGCCAAUGUCUGCGAUUAUCCCAAUUGAUACCAAGCUUUUUUGUAAGGAGUUUGCCAAUGGUUGGUAUCGCAUUGAGUCCUACUUUAUAGCUCGUAAUCUGGCUGAUUUGCCUUUUAUUUUACUGUGUGACUUCAUCUCGGUAACGGGAAUCUUUAUCCUCACGGCACAACCGAUGGAUCGCUAUAACAGUGCUCUUUUCAUCUACAUUUUGGUUUCUUUUAAUGCAGCCACUCAUGGGACCAUUUUAGGAACAGUGUUUAUGCACGAUAUAAUGUCAGCAGUCUUUGCAACCCCCAACACCUUGCUUCCAUUUAUCCUGUUUUCGGGUUACUAUACACGAAUCAGUGGAAUGCCCAUUCUGUUCAGGUUCAUUUCAAUCAUUUCUUAUCCGAGAUAUGGAUUUGAAGCUUUCAUGGUGGCCAUAUUUGGCUAUAACAGAUGUAAACCUGAAGGUGCUCAAUCCCUGGUCCAUGCUCGAGACGAGAUGAACAAUUUUCUGGAUACAAUGUUUCAAAUAGCCCAGACCUCUUUGAAAGACUGGCACAAUACGGAAGAUUUUUCAUCUCUCAAGAAUCAAACAAUCAACUUUACCAACGAAAUCGCCGAAAGCGUUACCGGACCUUGGUUUAACGAGAACAAUCGAUCGGGAUUAUUUAAUUAUUUUGAUAUCCAAGACUCGGAUUACAAUUCAUCGGUUUUGUCUCUAAUCAUAUCUCUCAUAGUUGGCCAACUGAUUGCCUUUUUCAUAACCAGAUUGAAAAGCAAGUCAACCAGAUUCCCUGUUACAGUUGUCGACGUGCUAAAUUCAACUUCUACUAAUGAAACUAUCCCUGAUCCCGUCAAUAUUAAUGGUUCUGUGGCAGUUUUGGAUACUACUUUACCACCAGUUGAGUUGACAACAACCGCAGAUAUGAUAAAUUUGAGAAAUGCUAGAUCGGAGGAAGAACCAGUUAAGUUGAGCUCAGAAUCUCCAAAUAGUCCAGAUCAAGUAAAAAACAAAUCUUCGGCCAUUCAAUUUCCAAAAGAUGAUGUCAUAGAAAUUUCGAGUGAUGUUACUAACACUUCAGCUUCGUCCUCUACGCCAGUUGAACCAGUAAUCAAGUUAGCUAUUACCGAUUCAAUUAGAAUGUCUGUUGAAGAAGUGGAAUCUGCUGGUGCAACCACUCCGGGUGUAGUUGGAAUGUCAUCAACAUCUUCGUCCACCAAAACUGAUGUCUUAACUACCCAAAAACCUUUGACAACUACCGCAAAUGCUACUGGAAUUAUCUCUUCAUCUAAUUCUUCAGUCGUCGAUUCCGAGAUUAGGGUUGGAAGAUCUCAGUCAGAAGCAGUCGAAGAUGCGACUAAUGCCCAAACUCUUUCUGCAUUAACCACUUUAUCCUCGAUUAUCAAUCAAACAAGCUGUGCAAGAUUUCUUGUGUUUAUUUUGAUUUUAUAUUUUGAUGAUUUGUUAAUUUUUAAACAAAUGUUUCCCCUCAAAUUAAUUAGUUCAUCAAUUUUUCGUUCAUUGGUGCAUAAUAAAGUCAACGUGUGUAAAUAUGCCAAUGCUUCCUCCACCUUUAAUGAGCGCUAUCGAAAGGAACUAUUGGACCAUUUUGAACAAACUAACUCACAAGUGUUUAAUAUGUUGAAAGAAAUGUCUUCUAAGUCGCCUAAAAUUGAUUGGGCUGCAUUAAGGCAAAACCUAAUCAACGAAUAUCCUCGUGUUUAUAACAAAUUCAACUUUGAAGUUCAGUUUAUGCAACACUUGCUUAAAAUAGAUCGCAAUGAAGAUGAAAUUAUUUUAUCUUUCAUCAACCAUGUUAAACAGCUUCUGGCCGAUCAGAGUAACAAAGUGAUACAAUGUCAUCUGAUUCGAUUUCUUCUUAAAGUGGAAAAAAAGCCGGACAUUAACUAUAUUAGAAAUGCUUUGGAGACUAUUAGUAAAGAUGAAAUGUUUAUCAAGUAUCCAGUUGUUGGUAAAGCUUGGGCCGAUUUCUCAACAAUCUCAGCUGAAUCUUGCAAGCAAUCAAUUGACUUUGCUUCAAAACAUCAUGUACUGAAAAACGAUGCAUUGUUGACUCUAUGUAUUUCCUGUCUUAAAUUUGGUUUUUUUGAAGACAUCGAAAGGUUAUUGGUUCUUUAUUCGGAGAAAAAACUAGAGAAUGAGUUGGUCGAUCAAUGGUUGAAUACUUUGUCUAAAGUUGAACGAAGCAAACGUAUUAUAGAAAUUGAUAGAUUUUUCAAAAUAUUGGAGGAAAAAAGAUAUUUAUUCCAAAAGUCUAUGUUGAAUAAAUUGGAGAAAUUUUUAAACGCAUCUGGAUUAUAUUUCAAACCUGGUAUAGUCGACAUCGAAAAGUGUUCAUGCAAAGUUUGUGGGUCACCUUUGCAGACUAUUAAUGAGACAGAAGUUUCUCAAAUAAGGAAAGCUGUAGAAGAUUAUAUUCUCCGAAAGGACGGUGUAGCUUUUUUAAUAUCAACACCGACUGAAGUUAAGGAUUUCAAUCGAUUCAUGGACUCUCAUUCUUCAAAGCCAUUUGAUUUGGUCAUCGAUGGAUUGAAUGUUUCUUAUUAUAAUACCACUCGAACCGUUGCAGAGGACAAGAAAACUCAUUCAUUAUCUAUAAAAAACUUAGGCCUUUCUGAAAGUCUAUACGAAACCAUGGAAAUUAAUGAUAUUCUAGUUAAAUAUAAAAAAAUCUUGGUCAUAGGACGCAAACAUAUGGGUGGUUGGCCAUCAAUUAAACAAUUGAAAGAAAAUCAUUCUGGUCAAGUUUGGAUUUACUUAUUGGACAAUAAGUCAGAAGAUGAUAUUUUCACUAUUGAUGCAGCUCUUCAUAGUGCCAAAACUUAUAUAUGGACAGCUGAUUUUCUUCGCCAGUACAGGGAUUUAUUAGGCAAUGAUUGCGGGGAUCUGUUUGAAAAGUGGAAAUAUUGUCGACAAAUCAGAUUUGCUCCUGGAUCAAAGAGAAAACUUGAAUUUCCUAACAACAUUGAUUACGUUUGUCAGUCAACCUCGUCAGGAUUCUAUCACAUACCUGUUAAUAUGAAUGUUAGAGUCGACAGCCAAGAAAGGAUCAAUGCUCAUUGGUUGUGUGUUGGAACGUCACUCAGAUGAUAGUCUGUAAAUUUUCAUUAGUCAUUAAAUAAGUAAUGGAAUUUUUUUUCUUGUAAAUCGUUUCAAUGACAUUUUACUUUGUUUAAGAUCAAAAAAUCCACAAAUAGUCUUACAAUAAAAUUCAAUGAUACAACAUAAAAAAUGAGUAAAAGCAAUAGAUUUUAAGGACGAUGAAUUGAUUUUUCUUUGAUUAUCCAGUAAAAUUUGGGUUUCUCCUGAUGAUGCUGGCAAGAUGAAUUUCAAUUUUCCAUCAACAACUGCUCUUUCAAUUGCGCUAAAUCGUCAUUUUUGCGUCUCUUGUCGUUUGCAAUCAUCGUCAUUAAUUGUCGAUUGAGUGAAUUAGUUUGUACCAACGCAUCUCGUAGAGCUUGCCCG